AUGACCUCCCAAUCCAUCCUCCCACCCCGCCCCGAUGUCCUCGACAGCGUCCGUCUCCGCGACAUCGAGCUUCCCCUCCUCGCCCCAGAAGCCUGGCACCGCCAGGGAAAAUCCCAACCAUGCACCGCAACCCUGAAGCUCUCCUAUUCCUCCAUAAUCACAGCCGCCGAAACCGACAAUGUCUCCCUGACCCUCGACUACGGCAAGCUCUUCCGCCGACUAGAAUCCGACGUCCGCAACAUGGCCGACAACAUCUCUUCCCCAUCCCACCCUUCCAAUAGACUAAUCAGUCUAUCCGGCACGCGUCGCGAGGAAAUGCAGAGUCGGGGAUUGGGCCAGGACCCGCGCGUGAUAGCGGGUGUUGUUGCGGAUGCCGGAUUGGGGCUGUUGGAGACUACGUCUGCUAUCACUGCGGCGAAGCAGCCAAAUCCUAUCUCGGCGGCGUAUGGCGAGUGUGAGGUUCUGUUGCAUUUGCCUAAGGCUUUGUUGCGUGCUGAUGAGGGGCUGAGGUAUCGGGGUGUUAUUGCGCUUGGGGAGGAGGUGGCUGCUGGGGAGGCGAGGGGGUUGGUUGUUUUGGAGGAGGAGUUCCGCAUUGAGGGGAUUAGGUGUUAUGCUAUUUUGGGAGUGAAUCCUCAUGAGAGACUUGAGAAACAGGCUGUUGUUGUUGGUCUUACGUUCCAGGGUCCUGGGCAGCUUGCUUGGGGGUCUACUGUUGUUGAUACUUAUCAGGCUGUGACGCGGGCUGUGGCUGAGAAGGUUGAUCAGACUGAUUUCAAGUCUGUGGAAUCUUUGGCUACUUUCAUCGCUCGGAUUGUCACUGUGGACUUUGGCAAUGAGAGUGUGACGGUCAAGGUGGAGAAGCCAAGUGCUCUUGCUUUUGUUCAGCGCUCUGGUGUGGAGAUUACUCGCACCAAGGCUUUCUUUGACAGUCGUUAA